UAAAACUGUUUUUAUUGUACCCGAUAUUUCCUAAAUUUAAUAUAAAAUAGAAAUAUAUAUAAUAUUAGAAUGUGCAAAUGUAUCGAUAAAUUAUAACUUGGUGCUAGCAGCAAAGACGUACUUUUGCACACUGUUCGACCGGCGUCACUUUAGAACGCGCAUUUUUUUUUGCAGACUUUUCAUUUUGUGGAAAAGUCUCCUGGCGCCAACACACAGGCUUACAAAAAGCCAUCACAUUUGGUUCAUAAAGUGUAUAUCUUAUUUAAUCUAGGUAGGUCACGAAAACAUCGUUAACAGAAGCGACUUAAAAGAGUACGUGCGUGUGUGUGGUUAUUUCUAUAUUUUACACCGUGUUAAGUAUUUUAAUAAAAACAAAAUGGGCAAGAAAAUCGACAACCCUGAGAGCUCAGUAAAGGGUUCUGACGGUGAGGAGGAGGAAGAGUACGCCGUGGAGAAGAUCAUCGACAGGCGUGUGCGCAAGGGAAAGGUGGAAUACUAUCUCAAAUGGAAGGGCUAUUCAGAAACUGAGAACACCUGGGAGCCCGAGAACAAUCUUGACUGCCAAGACCUUAUCCAGCAGUACGAGGCGAGCCGCAAGGACGAUGAAAAGUCAGCGGCCUCCAAAAAGGAUCGUCCUAGCAGCAGCACCAAGGCCAAGGAAACUCCGGGACGCGCCAGUACUUCGGCGUCCGCAGCAAGCAAGCGAAAGUCCGAAGAACCAACAGCGCCCGCUGGCAACAAAUCAAAACGUACGACGGAUGCAGAGCAGGACACCAUUUCCGCUUCUGGAUCCACCGGAUUCGAUCGCGGCCUGGAGGCCGAGAAGAUCCUGGGUGCGUCCGACAAUAAUGGCCGCCUGACAUUCCUCAUUCAAUUCAAAGGCGUGGACCAGGCCGAAAUGGUGCCGUCCUCUGUGGCCAAUCAAAAAAUCCCGCAGAUGGUAAUCCACUUCUACGAGGAGCGCCUGUCCUGGUAUUCGGAUAAUGAAGAUUAAACUGCGGUACAGUUGCGGCAUCAACAGAGCGAAUAAAAACGCUUAUACAUUUAACGAAAAACCACACACUUAGCAUUAUAGCCUCUUGCAGGCGCUUACAAAACCCCCCACAACUCGAAGCAUCGGACUAAAUUUAUAUUUCUGUCCAGCGUCAGUGUUUGUAUUUAUCUUAUCUUAACCUUUUUUUAUGAAUAAAAAAACCUUUGUUCUGCAG